AUUGGUUUUGACAAUUUGCAAUAUUUAUAAGUUAAAAGUUUUUAAAAGAAUUCUUGUUUAAUUUGGUAGAAAAUAUUCAAAAUUAAAUGUGUAAUAAAUAAAAAAAAGUAAAAAUCGGAAAAUCACAUUAAAAUAAACAAAUAUCUAUAUAUAGAACUUAUUGUUAACAAAUAGAAUAUGUCUGUUUUUGGCGGCAAUACAUCGUUAGGCGCUAGUAGCACACCGGUUAAACCCGGAAUGUUUUCAUCUUUUGGAGCAACUGCUGCUGUAGCACCAACUUUUGGAGCUACAGCUACAUCAACUGCGGCACCACCCGCAUUUGGGACAACAUCAGCAUUUGGCACGACGACAGGUUUCGGAGCUCCUGCAACGUCUUUAGCUCCUACAUUAGGUGGUUUUGGCACACCUGCCGCAACAAGCGCUCCCACAUUAGGAGGAUUUGGUGGUUUUGGUACAAAUACAGCAACGACAAGUGUACCUACAUUAGGCGGGUUUGGCGGUUUUGGUACUAACACUGCAGCAACUUCUACUGCUCCCUCGCUCUUUGGUGCGGCGUCCGCAGCUGCUGGUACAAGUUUUGGAGGUUUCAAUACUGCUACCUCAAGUGCAGCACCAACAUUUGGAGGUUUUGGUACUAGUACUACAAAUACUGGUUUUGGUGGAUUUGGCGCAACAGCAACGACAUCGACAGCACCAACAUUUAGUGGUUUUAACACACAAAGCCAAGGUUUUGGAGGAUUUAAUUCUACCUUUGGCAAACCAGCAACAAGUACGGUAACCCCUGGAUUUGGCGGCUUUGGUGGCAAUACUAGUUUUAUGCUGGGCCAACCGCAACCACCAGUGCAACAAAUUUCACCAGAUGAAGCAUUUGCACAGUCGAUUUUCAAUGUCGCUAUAUUUGGAGACGAACGGGACACAGUGAUCGCUAAAUGGAAUUAUUUACAGGCUCUGUGGGGUGUUGGUAAAACGUUCUACUCUCAAAAUGCUCCACCUGUUGAUAUAACGUCAGAAAACUAUUUAUGUAGAUUCAAAGCAAUGGGAUACAGUCUUUUGCCCGGAAAGGAAAAUAAAUUCGGUUUAGUCGCCUUAAACUUUAACAAACCUAUAACUGAAGUCAAAACACAGCAAAAUCAACUUGUAGCAACACUCAAUUCAAUAUUAGGCAAUAAACCCAAUUUAAUUGUUAAUAUUGAAAAUAUAAGCAGUAUUGAUGAAAAAAAGUGUCAAGUAGUUAUUUACGUAGAGGAGAGAUCGCAAAUAUCGCCAAACGAAACCAAACGUGUGCUAGCAACUGAUCUUAAUAACUACCUAAAUCAACAAAACGUAAGAGCACAAGUAAAUAAUGUUGGUGUUAUAGACUUAAUAGCGCUAGUACAACCUGAUGAAGAUCAACUAAAAGAAUAUCUUGAUACCCCACCAAAAGGAAUUGAUGCCAGAGUAUGGAGACAAGCGAAACUAGAUAAUCCGGAUCCAGCAAAAUUCAUACCCAUACCAAUGAUUGGAUUUAGCUCGUUAAAACAUCGUAUAAAAUGUCAAGAAGCUGAAAAUGAGAGACAUGCCCUAUUUUUAAAAAAAAUUGAAAACGACUUUUCUGUGUUAAGACAGAGACAUGCGAUAACUACAGCAAAAAUAAUGGAACAUAAACGUAAACUUGCCACUUUAAGUCACCAUAUAUUAAAAGUUAUUGUUAAACAAGAAUGCACGCGUAAAGUAGGCUUACCUCUUACUCCCGAAGAGGAAGCAUUGCGCACAAAAUUGGAAAAUAUGCAAGCUCUGGUUUCAGCCCCAACACAGUUCAAAGGUCGUUUAAGUGAAUUACUUUCUCAGUUGCGUAUGCAAAGAAAUCAUUAUCAACACAGUAUGGGUGAGUACACACUGGACAAAGAUAGUGCAGAGGAUAUGAAAGUAUUUCUAGCUAUGCAGCAGAAAGCUAUACAAACAAUUACUGAAACAGUUGUCAAGGAUAUCAAAGCGUUACAAAUUAUUAAGGAUGGUUUACCUGAACUUAUGCGCGGUUAAAUUCAUUUAUUAUGAAUUUUGUUAGCUUUUACUUAUAAAUCGUAUAAAAAAACGAAAUUAAAUGUUGAAUUUAAAUUAACUUUGUUUAAAAAUUUACAAUAAAAUUUAUAAGGAAUCAAAAUAU